GAGAUGAUGCGAUUCCCAAAUCUCCACACCGCGCAUGCGCCUCAUCGCUGAGGAAGUGUGACCCGAGCUGCGCCCCGUCCGCUGUCGCUUAGCAACCAGCUGCUGGCUGGGCUGCCAGCGCCGAGCGGGUCCUCUCUAUGGCUGACGAUGAUCUGGAUCAGCUCCUGGACGAGAUGGAGAGCAGGUUCUGUCAGGCAGACCCGGGGCCCGAGGAGGUGGCAGCGGCCGGAGACGGCAGGAAGGAGGCCAAGAGGUCUGUGAAUGCAUUUCCGAACGUCCCAUCUGGUGAUGAAAAUGUUGAUGAUUUAAUUGAAGACAUACUUAGUGUUCGCUUUCAUGACGAAAACAAGAAACAAAAGACAAAAUCUGCAAGCCAACAGUCUAGCAAAAUAUCCAGACAACAAUACAGUACAAAAUGUUGCCCAGUGUACCUCGGGGGAAGUGGGAUUCCCUUUGGCAUUGGGACAAAUAUUUCUGAACGAGCGUGUAACCAGCUGCGCUGCACCAGCUGUGAUUUUACCAUUGUGACGUUUGAUGAUUACAAGUGGGAUGCAUCCUGUGACUACCUUUUCUUCAGGAACAGUGUACCAGAGCACAGCAAACUGCAAUGCAAGAUGAUCAGAAAGAAGGGAACGCGAGCCUAUGCAUGUCAGUGCAGCUGGAGGUCUGUCCACCAACUCACUGAUCUCUCCAGCGAGCAGCAGCUGCGAUGGGUUUGUGGCAAGCACUCGGCGUGAGAUGCCAGCAUGAAGACUGGCUGUAUUGUAAGAGUGACUGCAAUGUGUGCUAUGGCAUGAUACAGGGGGAAAUGGAUCUUCUAAUCACAUUAAAAAGGUCUUAUUUAUGUACAUGAUGGUUCAGGAGACACUUAAUAUGUAUAUCUGUUGCCCCCACACAUUGCCCAGUGUUGACUGAACAUGGUUAGCCGCCUUCAUGAGGAAGAGGUGACAUCACUGACUCAUUAGGAACCAGCUGCCUGGUGCUUCAGAGACAGAAUGUCACAGCUGCCUGGUGACUUAAUAGCCUUCCACUGUUAGCAGGCCUGCGAGAUUGGUGCGUAUGAUUAAUGCAAGCUGGUCACGUGAUACCUUCAGCACUCAUCCAAUCACAUGCUGAUUUCUCCAGCAAACAUCCAAUCACAUGCCGCCUUCUCCAGUACAUUAUUAACAUUUAUAGUGGCAGCAUAUUCCAUUGCGCUUUACAAUUGGAGAUAAAACAAGUCUUUCCAGACAAAGUAAGAGGGCCCUGGACAAAAGUUUGCAAUGUAUAGAGCAGGCCUGGCCAACCUGUGGCUCUCCAGAUGUUGUGAAACUACACAUCCCAGCAUGCCCUGCCACAGUUUUAGCAUUCCCUAAUAGCAAAACUGUGGCAAGGCAUGAUGGGAUUUGUAGUUUUACAACAGCUGGAGAGCCACAGGUUGGCCAGGUCUGGUAUAGAGUGUCAUGCUGCCUUAGUCAGCAUACAAUUUGUCCAGUAAAGUUGCCUUCUCCAGCUCAGCCAAUCACAUGCUGCCAUCGUUGGAUGAACACCAAUCGGUCUUACGUGUGAGCAACCGUGUAAAAGGUCCAAACCUUGUAAACAUGUUCAAUACAUUACCAAAGAUGCAACAGAUAAAUUCUUAUAUCACCAAUGUAUUUUAUACCAAAUUUAUUUAUAUAGUACGCUUUUAUGUACAGUUGUGCUGCUGCAGUCAAGCUAAACAGCCCUUUAAGUUGCGCCAUACGGUGGCGGGACUCGGUAGCGCCGAGCGUUUUUUUUUUGCGUUUUUUUUCUGCAAAAAGGUGUCUUUGACGCAAAGUAAUGUACUUGGACGCACAAGCAGCUUCAUGAUAUGUUGCAUGCCUAUAUUUUGGUGUAAUUGUGGCUCUAUCUGCAUCUAAAAUGUCACAUUCAUGGAAAACACUGUAGCAUAGCAUUAGUCGCAGUCACACAGAAGUUAGGCAAGCCGCGUAUCAUUUUAAUCAGCAGACGCUGCUUGUGCGUCCUAUUACAUUACUUUGCACGUAAGACCUAUUUUCGCUGCAAAAACACAAAAAAGACACUCGGUGCUACUGAGUCACACGGCACUCACACGUUAUGAGUAACAUGACUUGUAGCACGCGGAGCAUAGAUGUAAGAGAACACAUCUGUACGAUGCCUCAUUUUUCAGUAUUGCUUAUUUGAAAUGACAAAGUAAAAGGUUGUGAAUUUGACAAUAGUACUCAUGUAUCAUAUAUGGCAAAUGAGUGCACUUUUAAUAAGUCAGUAUACGAUUUACUUUAAAACAGCUUAAAUUAUCUUAUUAUGCAGCAUUUUAUAGAACUUGUCUUCAAUGUAUUAAAUAUUAAACUUGAUAAAAUAAAAGGUUUCAAAUAUGGUGGUUUAUUAGGAUCUCUUAACUCCACCAUUCACACAUGCUACUGGUUUAUAGAGGUCUAGGUCACCCAAUGAAUCACAUAAAGGAGAAUAUAUUGAUACCACCGAUAAGCAUUCAUCUAAUAUUUAGCCUACACAGGCACAUGGUGCAUAUUUGUACAAUUUUAGUUAUAAAUUAUUUUAUAAAUUUAAAUACUUAAAAAUAUAAUAAUAACCAUAAUACUAAUCUAAAAAGAGGAACAACCUAAAGGUUUCAAAAAUAAUAAUUUGUCACUACAGUAAUUUAAAAAUAAUUUAAAUCUGAUUGUAAAAGGAGCUGUCACAAGAAGAGGUGUUGUUCUAAUGUCUAAAGAUUAUAAGGCGAUAUUUAUAGAGGACCCUGCUCCAGAAAAAGAACACCUUAAGUGUUAUGCCCUGCUUCGAUCAUCGUCGAGUCGAAUCGGUCAUUUACCGCCCAGAUGUAUUAAAAAAAAGUAGUUGCUGAAGAAGGAGAGUUAAUUCAAAUGUAUGUGUCAAAAAAAAGAUUUUAUGUACUUUCAAAUAUACAUAGAACACUAAUCAACCUCCCCGGCAUAAAUCUACCGAUAUAUCCAGAGAUUUAGGGGGUAAUUCCAAGUUGAUCGCAGCAGGAUUUUUGUUAGCAAUUGGGCAAAACCAUGGCCCUCAUUCCGAGUUGAUCGGUCGCAAGGCGAAUUUAGCAGAGUUACACACGCUAAGCCGCCGCCUACUGGGAGUGAAUCUUAGCUUCUUAAAAUUGCGACCGAUGUAUGCGCAAUAUUGCGAUUACUAACUACUUAGCAGUUUCAGAGUAGCUUCAGACUUACUCUGCCUGUGCGAUCAGUUCAGUGCUUGUCGUUCCUGGUUGACGUCACAAACACACCCAGCGUUCGCCCAGGCACUCCCACCGUUUCCCCGGCCACUCCUGCGUUUUUUCCGGAAACGGUAGCGUUUUCAGCCACACGCCCCUGAAACGCCGUGUUUCCGCCCAGUAACACCCAUUUCCUGUCAAUCUCAUUACGAUCGCCGGAGCGAAGAAAAAGCCGUGAGUAAAAAUACUUUCUUCAUAGUAAAGUUACUUGGCGCAGUCGCAGUGCGAACUUUGCGCAUGCGUACUAAGCGGAUUUUCACUGCGAUGCGAUGAAAAAUACCGAGCGAACAACUCGGAAUGAGGGCCCAUGUGCACUGCAGGGGAGGCAGAUAUAACAUGUGCAGAGAGAGUUAGAUUUGGGUGGGGUGUGUUCAAUCUGCAAUCUAAAUUGCAGUGUAAAAAUAAAGCAGCCAGUAUUUACCCUGCACAGAAACAAAAUAACCCACCCAAAUCUCUCUCUCUCUGCACAUGUUAUAUCUGCCUCCCCUGCAGUGUACAUGGUUUUGCUCAAUUGCUAUAAAAAAUCCUGCUGCGAUCAACUUGGAAUUACCCCCUUAAUUUUUAGAAAACAUUUUUUUAGCAAGUCACAUUUUUUUUUUUUUUUUUUUUAGAAAUGGCCAUCAUCAAUUAUUUUAGCUCCUUACAAUGAAAUGAGGAUUUAAUUCUGGAAAUGUAUUGUAUGAACUCAUAUAAAGGUAUAUAGUAUAAUCACUGUAAAGCAUUUUAAGUUUUUUUGUACUUUAAAAAAAGAUUAUAGUAUCUUCAACUUGUACUAAGUUUAUUUAAUGACUAUGGGCAUGAUUCUGAGUUGCGAGUUUAGCAAAAAAAAAAAUGCAAGUACAGUAACUGUGCACCUGGAUGGGUGUGGUAUUGAAGGUCGACAGGUCCACUAUUGGUCGACAGUAACUAGGUCGACAGGGAUUCUAGGUCGACAGGCCAAAAUGUCGACGUGAGUUUUUAAAAUCUUGUUUGGUGUCGUUUUCGCCGUACAGUGACCGGGAACCCCAAUUAGUGCACCGCUUCGCUUGCCAUGCUUCGGGCAAGGUGCCUCGCUGCUCUCGGCACAGGUUACCGUUCCCAAUCGUAGUCCACGUGGAUCGUAAAGUAUGAAAAAGUUCAAAAAAAAAAAAUAUAUGUGAAAAACUCAUGUCGACCUUUUGACCUGUUGACCUACUGUAGAACAUGUCAGCCUAGAGACCCUGUCGAUCUAGUUACUGUCGACCUAAUUCUUGUCGACAUAGAAACCGGAUACCCACCUGGAUAUACCAUGUUGCAAUGCAAAGGGUGCAAAUACAUUAUUUAUAUUGCAUGCAGGGUAAAUACUGGCUGCUUCUGCAUAAAGAGGGUCAUUCCAAGUUGAUCGCUAGCUGAAAAUGUUUGCUGCGUAGCGACGAUGUAAAAAAAAAGCAGUUCUGCGCACGCGCGUCGUACUUUGACAUCGGCUGAUGUAGUUUAGCACAAGGUCUAGCGAAGCUUUUCAGUCGCACUGCUGACCGCAGAGUGAUUGACAUGAAAUGGGCGUUUCUGGGUGUCAACUAACCGUUUUCAGGGAGUGAUCGAAAAAACGCAGGCGUGCCAGGAAAAACGCAGGCGUGGCUGGGCGAACGCAGGGCGUGUUCGUGACGUCAAAACAGGAACUGAAUGGUCUGAAGUGAUCGCAAGCGCUGAGUAGGUCUGAAGCUACUCUAAAACUGCACAACAUUUUUUUGUAGCCGCUUUGCGAUCCUUUCGUUCGCACUUUUGCUAAGCUAAAAUACACUCCCAGUGGGCGGCAGCAUAGCGUUUGCACGGCUGCUAAAAACUGCUACCGAGCGAUCAACUCGGAAUGACCCCCAUUGCCCGUACAUACUGGCCAGCUUUAUUUUUAUACUGCAAUGUAGAUUUCAGUUAGGACAAGUCCCUGUACACACACUAUAUCUCCCCCACCUGCAGUGCAACAUGGUUUGUCUAGGUGCAAAGUUACUUGCUCAGAAUCUGGCCCUAAUUUUGAUUUGACUACUUCUUAUACCAUCAUGUCGGUGUUACAGUGGAACAACUCUGAGACAAACUUACUGAACUUGUUGUCAGAAGUGUGAAAAAAUAAAUAUAUUGGAAAUAA